CCGAAUUCCGAAACCAACACUUACAGAUGCUCUUUUUUUUUCUCCCAUUAGAAAAUGGUUGUUUAGAAUGGACAUUAAAUGUGGAUCACAUCAGUGCUGGAAUUGGGUUGCAUUUGAGUACAGCUGCUUUCUUACAUUUGUCAAUACCCUUUGGUUUCGUGCGUUCCAAUGAAGUGGACGCUGGAAGUGCGGGAGAAGUCGUCCGCAACCCACCCAUUCCCAAUACCUACCUACGGGUGGAAUUCGAACUCGUCUGUACUGCUUGUGAACUGAUUUUGCGCCAGCAACGUGACACCGUCAACACCCCCUUGAUCCAGUGGUUGGGAAAGGCGGAACGUCAAAACUAUACCUUCACGAUUGAAGAUUCUGCUGCUGUGAACUUCACCUGGGAAUUUCGGAAAAAAGCACCUAAUCCUGAAGUUUCACAAAGUGACCUGCUACUGGAGCAUGUGAAGAUCUAUCAACUGGAGGUGACAAACGCUAAGCUGUUGGGAACCAUUGGCUGUAGAAAAUGCUUGAAAGGUAUUCAGGAUGGGAAAUGCAUCUCCUGUCCACCUGGCUUGUUCUACGCUUCUGCAAUCAAUGAAACAACGCGGCAAGAAGUUGUCGAUUGCACCCAGUGUCCUGAGAACACGAUUCUCCAGACUGAUGCACACGCAACUCGCACAGUGUCAGAGGCCUGCAUCCCUUGCGAGCCGGGAACCAAGGCGGUAAAUCACAGUGUCUGCGUGGUGGAUACAGCGCCGGUCGUUAGCAAUGGAAUGCUGUAUAAUUUGACCGAGCUGCUCUUGAAGAACCGUACUGUGUAUGGAGCCAAUUUGUUCACACCCACUGGGACCAAGUAUCACUACGAAUACCACCUUUCCUUCAUGUAUGGUCACCCUGUGCGUUGCGUGGAGGAGUAUGAAUCAGUGGUGGUGCACUACACGGAAGCGUUAAUAUGUCGCCAAACUAUCGUACACGUACCUUCUGCGCCCAAUAAGAAGCAGCGUGUUCUACCUCUCAGACUUGGGGAUCGCCUUGAAAUGGCUGUACAGAGCAAUCACAGCAAACGAUUUUGGGAUGAAGUGAAUACCAAUUUGACGCGGGCUGGAUGGACUGCGGAUAGUGUUGGAACGGAUCUGCAUUAUAUUUUUGUGGCCAGCGGAUCAUCGGAAAAUUGCCCUUCCGGCGUCCGAACGGUUGUCACAUUCCGAUGUGGUUUGGGCCAAUCACUGCAGUCCCUGAACAGUUCGAUGUUUAACGAUGAAGGACAGCUGGAAUUACCGCCCUCUUGCCCGGAUGCCACAUGUGACGGAUGCACCUACCACUUUUUGUGGCGCUCUUCUCAUGCCUGUCCGAUCUGUUCUGAGCGCCAAAUUACACGGUUUUCCGGCGAGUGUCAUUACGGAUCUCGGCGUGUGUAUUCCAUAACGCGAGAACCAUGUCGAAUUCCAACGGAGCUGCUGACUGCUCAAGAAGUUCCCUGUCCGCUUCUUACAACUACCCAGAUUGUAGCCAUCUUCCUCACUGGUUUCACCCUCAUCACUCUGGUUACAAUAAUAUUUUCGUGUUACCAGAAAAACAAAAGACUGGAGUACAAAUACAUGAAGCUGGUUCAAAGUAAGGGAGGACUUGGACAACCCACAAGCUGUGCGUUAGAGGAAAAUGAGGAGGACAAUUUGGACCACUUCGGGCGUCGUGCAAUCCGGUCGAAUAAUGUGACGAACGCUGCUUUUGAACUGGAAGCUAGCGGAUCCGUGAAAGCGCCACCUUUGGCACUUAAAAUGCCCUGGCCAAUACUUGGACCCAUAUUGUUUAAGAAAGGAGACCAACAAGAUCUACACCCACUUCCGGAGAACGAGGUGCGUGGUGGAGUGGCGUGACAAACUUGCGUUUCUUGUCCCAAGCGAACCUGGAACAUAUCAGUCACUGUGCACCGUCAGUUUAGGUUCACUGCACUAUUUUAUCCCUUUUAAUGCGAGCUUUUACAACCACUGGUUGCAUUGGCAUCAAGCAGUGUGAGAACACCAUGUCUCAUCUUUCUUUAUCUUUGUACGUUUAGUGGUAACCCGCAAUUCAUAUCGACGACUGCAUCUCUUUGCGAUUUCUGUUGGCUCUGCUCAUUCCAUGUGUUUUUCAUCUGGCUGUGACUUCAUUCAAUCUGCGCUUCUGUUUUUAGUAGCCCAACUUUAAAUUUGCGUGUUUUUUAGAUAAGCUAUUCGAUCGAAUCCAUGGCCUGUUCCUCAUGACUCACCAUUUUUUCUUGUUUCAUUGUUGGCGGUUUCGUUAAAUAUUUGUGAGUUUGAACACAUGUUGACUUUUUAUGAUAAGUAAGCGCGUAUUCGUCAUUGUACCCGUUAUUUCCGCCAUGUCGAUCGUGUACUAGUUACCAAAUUCAAAUAGCU